AUGCAUGCAUUGCUGAUCUUCCGCAAGUGGCGGAGCAAGAUCGGGAACGCCAUACUGGCAGUGCUCCCACCCUUGAAUUUCUUGACGCUACACUAUUUCUAUUUCAUCGCUACAUGCAUGAUCGCCAGUAUCAUAUUUUACUUGACAUCGACGCCAUGGCGCAGCGUUACCUAUGUGGACUCGAUUUUCAUGUGUGUCAGUGCCAUGACUGGUGCCGGAUUGAAUACGGUGGACCUGUCGACUCUGAACAGUUUCCAACAAGCAGUUUUGUUUACCCUGCUUAUCCUGGGCCAUGCUAUUCUCAUCUCCCUCACUGUACUUCUAGUACGUAAGAGAGCUUUCGAGGCAAAGUUCAAGGGCGUCUCCGAUGAGCGGGAAAGAGAGCAGUCUACUCGCAACCACUCCGAAGUUGAAAUGCAGGCUAGGGACCGGGGAGCCGUGCACGGAAGUAUCGGGGCUGAUCUACCGAGCGAGAACACUGAAGGACACGGCUGUAAACCACACCCAAAGCCAUCCGUGUUGGUCCAAGUGACUCCAGGGGAGUCGUCAUCCCGCGAUGAACACCUAUGGGUGGACGACGAUCAAAUAACAAUCGGCGGCACACCCUGCCGUCAUAAUCAUCACCACCGAGUCUUCCCCAUGGCUGGCAUCGGGGCGAGACCGGACCUGCAUAACCACCCCCGUGACGCAGCGCCCAAUGUUCCUUUGGUCACAAAGGAUUCAGUAUCUGGCUUCAGGGGAAUUCUCCGCGGUACACAGAAGUAUAUGGCCUCUAAGGGACUGUUGUCCCGCAACUCCCAGUUCCAUGACCUCACUGCUGCUGAGCGCGAGGAACUAGGUGGCGUGGAGUAUAAGGCCGUCUCACUUCUCUCUGUGGUUGUGUCCCUUUACUUCAUCUUGUUUAUUAUGUUCGGCAUAAUCGGUGUCGGUUGCUGGCUAGAAGUCAACGAUCCCGCGGUGACGCGCACGAACGGCCUCUCGCCUUUCUGGACGGGUGCUUUCUUUGCUGUUUCUGCUUUCGUGAACAGUGGCAUGUCGCUCCUGGAUGCUAAUAUGACUGCUUUGCAGUUGAAGGCUUACCCACUUCUUACAAUGGGAUUGCUCAUUCUCGCUGGAAACACCCUCUUCCCAUGUUUCCUGCGGUUUAUUAUCUGGACCAUGAGAGUCAUGCUUCCAGAUCUGCCGAAAUGGCAGUCAUGGCGCAUAACCCUUGAUUUCAUCCUGGAACACCCUCGAAGGGUCUAUACGAAUCUCUUCCCUGCUCGCCAUACGUGGUAUCUACUCGGCACGAUCAUCAUUCUGAACGGUGUCGACUGGGCGGCAUUUGAGUUGCUGUCCAUUGGAAACAAGGACAUUGAGAGUCUGCCUACCGAAUACCGUGUGUUGGAUGGACUGUUCCAGGCCCUAGCGGUACGCGCUGGUGGAUUCUACGUUGUAACCAUCGCCGAUCUUCACCAGGGUCUCUUGGUUCUCUAUGUACUCAUGAUGUACGUUUCUGCGUACCCAGUAACACUUACAAUGCGCAACACAAACGUCUACGAAGAACGUUCGCUAGGAAUCUACGCGCACGACGAAACACCCGACUCACCAGCAAACACAAGCCGCAGCAACGUAGUAAUGGACCUAAUCCGACACCACCUCGGUCGCCCAGGCCCGUCCGAGACUUCUCGUGGCUACUUCCUGCAUCAGCAGCUCCGCUCCCAGCUUAGCCAUGAUUUGUGGUGGAUUGCGCUGGCAGUCUUCUUUAUUGCCAUCGCAGAGUCAGAUCACUAUGACCCCCAACCUGUGGCUUUCUCCACCUUCAAUAUUAUCUUCGAGGUCGUCUCCGCUUACGGUUGUGUGGGUGUUAGUGUUGGCUUCCCUGGGAAGAAUUAUUCGUUCUGUGGUGCGUGGCAUACUAUUAGCAAGUUGAUCCUUGCUGCUGUGGCUUUGCGUGGUAGGCAUCGUGGUUUGCCGGUGGCUAUUGAUAAGGCUAUAAUGUUGCCCAAUGAGUCUUUGGCUUGGGCUGAGGAGGAAGAUGCUGCUAUGCGGAGGGAUAGGUCUAGGGUUUGGGCUCAGGAGCGUGGGCCUGUUGGGUCUGUUUAG